CUAUACUUCAAUUUAAAAAAAAAAAGGAUAGUUGCCUUACAAGGUUAGGAGGAAUAAAUUUGAUGGUUUAGUAAUAUCUUUGCAUAUAUGAAAAAAAUGUUUUGAAUAACUUUGUAAUGUAUUAGCUCUAUUAACAUGAGGUGAAAUCUGGUUGUACUGCCUUAAAACAUGAAAGGUCUAUUAUGCAAACACGUUUGAAUGAACUUACUAUGUUUAUGAGGUUUUUUUAACAGAUCUGAGUUUAUUUUUAUUUUAUAAAUUUGGAACAUUUACCCUCCUAAUUUGAUUCAGUGUAUUUGCAAAAUCUGCAUCAGUAUAUAUAUUGAAAGUUCUUGAUAGGGCUUUUGAAGAAAAGGCACUGAGUUUAAAGUCAGACUUGAAUUAAACAGCGCCAUAUAAUAGCUAGUACUUUGGGUAUCUUUCCUGCCUUCUCUGAACCUAUGGUUUCUUAAACUUAAAAUGGAAAUAAUAUAGCACCCACUUAACUACCUUAUAGGUUCAAAAAAAGAUAAUGUAGGGCAGAGGUUCUCCAAGUGAGGUCCAAGGACCCCGAAGGUUCCUGAAAGCCUUUCGGUGGGUUUACAAGUAUUUCCCCUUUGCCAAGUCCAAAUUAUCUUAAUACAUUUGAGCCAAGCAACAUGCGGCAACAGACUGAAUGCAGAAGCAGAGAAAAGAACCCAGCUGUAUUUUUUAAAGCCUGGUAUUAAAGAGGAUUGCAAAAUAUAAAACAAUGCCACCCUUCUCACUUUAAAAAAAUAUCUAUUUUUUAGAAUAAGUGUGUUAUUUAUAUUAGUAUAUAAUGGGUUUACUAUUAUUUCAAAUAUAUUUAAAUUUAAAAAAUUUUCAAUGUUGAAUAUGGUAAAUAUUGGUAAAUAUAACCCACAUAAACAACAGUUUUUCACAGUCCUUAAUACUUUUCCUAAGAGUGUAAGUGGAUCUUGAAACCAAAACUUUUUAGAACUGCUGAUGAAGGGCAAUGAAUGGCUGAGUAGUCCCUAUCAGAACAAUUCUGCGGAUAAAAACCAUAAACUUGAAAAAAAGUUUAAAAAACAACUAGAUAGCACUUGAGAGUGACAAAAAGCAAGCAGGAACUGGAAUGUGGUAUACACCAUGAAGAAGGAAAUGGCCAUGAAUAAUUUUCCAUUUUUAUGGCUUUUAGCAUGAGAGAAGGCCCCAGUUGGUGACAUGAUGGGAUGGCUAAAACUAUGAUAACUUGUAGUCUUACUUGCUUGAAGAAAAGAGGACAGAGUUCAGAGUUACUACACAGGAGGAAAGUAAGGAUGAAAAUCCUAGAAAGGAUGUUGGGGGAACCCCAAAUUCUGUGUAUAAACUCAACUUGAAUCUCUUGCCAACCCCUGAACGUUUAAGUGUGUUGCACAACCUCCAAACAGCACACCUAACACUAAAAAAGCUGAACUUGGAGUUUAAGUUCAGACUAGUUGAUUUGCAAAAAACAAAACAAAAACAUCAGUACUCUUUGGAAGAACAGUACAGUACCUCGAGUCUUUACUGCAGUAAUUACAAUGUCUAUGAUAUCAUCCGACGUGACUAAACAUAAGAAGAAACAGAAAACUCAUCCUAAUGAAUGGAGAUUGACCCCAAGAUGAUGCAGAGAGGAUUUAAAGCAGCUAUUAUAACUAUGUGCAAGCAAAGCAAAAUAAGGUGGUAAUGUGUGAACAAAUAGGAAAUCUCAGCAGAGAAAUAGAAACUAAGAAAGAAUGAGAUGAAAAUUUUAGAUUUGAAACUAUAUCUGAAAUAAGAAAUGGGUCAACAGAUUAGAAAUGAUGGUGAACUUGAAGAUAAAUAGAAAUGAUCUCAUCUGAAUCAGAAAGAGAAAUUAUUGUGUGUGAAAGUUCUCUAUAAACUUCAACACUCUGUAUUAGCUCAGGGAUUAAUACGCUAGGUUUCUUUCAAGGCCUAAACUCACCUCUCCCCUCUCCAUAUGGACUGACUUCAUAGUUUGUAAAUCAGUGCCAUCUAAGAGUACUCUCAAAUUCUCUCUGCUUACCUCAACCAUCUCCUUUCCGCUAUUGGAGAAAGAGAUCCUUUUUUUCCUCCAUGACUAACUGCUACACUUAAACUUUUGAUUACAUUCCUUCUGACAUCUAGAGAUUCCACCCCUCUUCAGCCUGCAAGUCUUUGAUCUGCAGCUCCCUAAUGUCCUGUUCUAUCUAUAGCUACCCUUUAUGGCCUCUGGUUUCUAACAUCCCCCUGCAGUCAUAUUUUGCUCUUGCUGCUUUCCCAAACUGUUGUCAGAAGUCAGCACACUUGGGGGUGUUUGUAAUAGGCCUCUUCCUCAUUCUCUGCAGCAUUUUAUACCAUUGCCACCUCCACCUGCCAAGGUUCUCACCUUUCCUUCACUUCCCUCAAUGACAUGUAUUUUUUAAUGUCUCUUCUUCUGUCCAGUUAUAUCUGUUCUUGUUUUUCAGGGAUUCAGUCCUAGCUUUUUCCCCUUCUUAUUUCACUCAAUAGUCCCAUCCGCUUCUGGUGACUGCAGCCUUGUUGUUUCUCUCCCUCUCUAGCCCUGCUCUCUCUAGAGUCCCAGUGCUGCUUAUGGUCUCCACUGAUAACUAAACAUUUCUACUUAGAUGUUCUAGAGGGGGUACCUUGAACUCACUUUGUCCAAAAUGAAACUCCUCUCUUACCAAGCCAAUUUCUAUGCCUUUCCUGUGGCAUUCUGGGAUGCUGCCUUUAUAUCAACACCUAGUACAUGGCAGUUACUCUGCAAAUGGGACUCGAAGGAAUGAAUUAAUUUUUCCAGUUACCUAAGCUGGAAUUCUGAGACCCACCUUUGACUCGAUCUCUGUGGCUGGCCACAUCCAGUCUGCUGCCAAGUCAUGCCAGUUCUACAUCUGGCAUAUCUUCUUGUGUUCCUUUCUCUAUUCCCACGGCCAUUAUUUGGACAUUGCAGUAGGCUUCUUUCUGGUCUUUAUUUCUCCAGGCCUUUCGCCUGUUAAUCUUUUUUAUAUGUUGCUACUAGAGCAGUCUUGAUUCACAGGCCCAGUGAUGGUGAUGAUGGUAACUGGUAUUUAUUGAACAUUCACCGUGUGCCCCCCUGUUUCUAAGUGCUGAUAUGCAUUGUCUUAUUAAAUGUGUGUAAUAAUCUGUGAGGUAAAAACUGUAAUUAUCCAUAUUUUACAAGUGAAACUGAGGGCCAGAGAGUUAAGUGUCUUGUCAAGAUCACACAGCUAAAUGGCAGAACUGGGAUUUUAAUCCACGCUGUCUGAUUCCAGAAUCAAAAGUUUCACUCUGUGCUGUUUAUUCUCCCUCCACUGAAAAUGUAUCUUAAUAUAGUUCUCCAUUUCAAACACAACUGUCGUAGCUUUUAGUUUGGCAUUAAGUACCCUCGGUGACCUGACCCCCAUCUCUUUUUAUUCACCUACUUGUGUUUUUUUCUAUGCCAAACUGAAAUCUUCAGUUAUCUAUGUAUUCAUACCUCUCCCUGUAAUUUCACUCAGUCUGUUUUUUUCUGCCUACAACGCUAUGUUCAUUUUCUGCCUGUUUUCCAGAUCCAGUUCAAAUAGAUUAUUUUUCAUUGGAUUUCCUGUCACUUAUCUCCCUCUCAUAGUAUUUUCUUCAGCUGCCUAUGGCCCUUAUCACUUUUGCUUCAUGUUGUAAUUACUUUGUUUUACAUUUUAUCUCCCCUGUUAUCUUCUUGAUUGCAGCAUCAGUGUAAUUUUUUCCUGUCCCCAUGUUUUGGCCAAUGCAUGCUUUCAAUUUUUUUUCUUUAUUAAAUUUAUCUUCAAAUAAUAUUUAUUCUCUAAGUGAAUUUAACUGUUACUCAUAGACCAUUAACCACAGAUUUUUGUAUAUGUGGCUUUUUAUUGUGCUAUUUUCAUUUCCACAUGGUUCAAUAGUUCAUUAUACUAAUGCAUUAUGUAUAUAUAUCUAUAUAUAGAAAGAACUGGUGAAAAUGUUUAUGAACUGAGGGGUUUUUUUUAUUGAGGUAUAGUCAGUUUGGAGGAGGGGGUUGAGAUAAUUUGUAAGACUGAUUUAAGGUACUUCAAUUUGAACCAUUUUAUUAAAACUAAGACAUGUUUUUCACAUACUGCAAUCUCCAAUAUACAGUUUUACUUUGGUUUUUUAGUUUCUCUAUAAAUUGGUGGAUUUUAGAAUCAGAAAAAUGUGGCAAACAUAAUAAUGACAUUUUGUUAAAUGGCCUUUUGGAACAAUGCCCACAACUCGGAUUUUUGUUUAUAUUCUUAGAAGAUAGGCUCAAGUCUCUGUAGGUUCUGUUAUCUUGUCAUUUCAUUGCAGCUUAAAGGCUUUUAAAGUGAGAUAGUAAGGGGUAUGAGUUUUGGUUUUAAUUCUUUUUUACUUGGGGGAAGGAAUAGGGGAAACUGUUAAUGUUAGGUAGGAUUUUUUUAAAGUAAUGUAUGAAUGUAGAGUUAAAAGAAGCAAGCUGCAGGAUUCCUAAAGUACAAUAUUAAUUACCUAUAUAAAAUUUUAACACAUGCAGAACAAUACCAUACCUUCUUAAGGGUUAUAUACAGAAUAUGAUAAUGUACAAGAGAGUCAUAAACACCAAAAUCAGAGCAGUGGUUAAUCUUGAAGGCAAAGUGGGUGAGAGGAUAGAAAGAGGGAGAGAUGCCAGGAGAUCUCUACCAUGUUUGUAAUGUUCACUUUUGGUGCCCGGGGUGGGGGUGGGGGUGGUGGGAUGACAUUAUUUUCUUUACCUACUUGCCUAUCUGAAAUAUUUCAUAAUUUUAGAAACUGAGGGAAAAAGGAAUCAUGUAGGUAUGUAUUUAUUAUAUUAAACUUCCAUACAAGUUGUUUUUUUAAGUUCAAACAGUAUAGUUCCCCCCACCCUUAACUCCUUACUCCCUAGUUUCCCUCCCAGAAGUGAAACUCGUUUCUUUGAACCUUUCCAGAGAUGUGUACACAAACCUUUAAAAAUAAAAUAACUACUCUACCACUUUUACAUAAAUAGUAGUCUUCUCUACACAAUUUUAUAUUUUGCUUUUUUUUUUACUGAAUACGUUUUGGAAAUUAUUCCAUAUUAGUACAGUAAAUUUGUAGUUUUAAUAAAAAUAGAUUUAACCUAUUAUCAGUAGUAAUUACUUUUAUCUUUACCAGUUAUAAUCUAGAUUUUAUCCACUAAUAAGUAUAAACAUUUGUCUUGCUGUGUCACAUUUGCUUAAGCAGCAGGAAAUCUGGGUUUUCCCUGAUUCUUCUUUCCACAUAUUCCUGAGGCUUCCCAGAGCCAUGAUGUAUAGACUUUCCCUAGGUGCCCUCAGUUGCUGGGUCACGUUCCCCCUGGGAGGUGGGGAGGGAGGACAUCUGGGCUCUGGAGCCCAGUGCCUGGGUUUGAAUCCCCUGCUCUGCCACUUACUAGCGGUGUGACUUGGGUAGAUUAACUCUCUGUUGAUUAUGUCUUCACCUGUAAGGUGCAUUGAGUAUUCCCUUUCUCACAGAGCUGUAUUGAAAAUUAAAUGAGUGAAAAGUGCCUGACACAUAGGAAGCAUUAAACUGUUAGCUAUUUUUAUUAUAUUGUCCAUCACUCAGCGUUUUGCUGCACAAGCUACUGCCAGUCUCCAGACAGCUAACUCCACACUCUCAUCACUGACCUCCUUAGACCUUGGUCUCGCUUGUUUAGUGAGAAAACUUCAUUCUUUUAUUUCAGGAUCUCCUCUUCUAGAGGACAUUCUUCUAGCACCGCAGUGAUGCCCUUUAUACCACAGCUGCCUCCUCUCUAAAGCACCAGGGCUUUCUGCACAGUUGGGGCAGAGAAGGUGGCAGAGCCUCCCACCUCCCAGGGCACUCUUGAAUGUUCUUGCUGCUCACGCUAGACUUCUCCGCCAGAAUUCUUUUGCAUCUUCUCCCUCAUGCACAGUUUUUCCCCCUGAGACCAGUGGUCCCAUCCUGUGUUCUACUUCUUUGGGAACCUCCAUUCUUAUAUGUAUCUGAGUCCAUUUAAAAUUGGGGUUUAGAUUCUUUCCCAUGGGCCUCUUGGGCCCCAUGUGAAUCUGGGGAUAUGGCUUGACAUCCAUUUUAAGGGCUUCUGGACUUACUGUGAUAAGUUUCCCAAACAUUGUAUGCUGGUCAGGAGGCCAGUGUCCCCAGUGCACACAGAGGAUCCCUAAGGAGCAGUGACAGCACUACCUACCCCAGCCAGGGCACACUGUUAUGUUUUUAACAUUUAUAGCUAACAUUAUACCUUACAUCACAAGGUGCUUUUCACAUAACUUACCUUGUUUCACUCUGAGGCAAGGAUCAGUAACUUAUUCCCAUUUUUCCAGUGAGGAGACUGAGGACUAGAAACAUUGUGGUCACGUAGAUUUAUAAAAAGGACAGACUUCCUUUCACGACUGUGUCAGUUGACCAAGCUACCUUCUUAAUGGGUUAAAAAACAAGGCCACAUUUUAUGGUUUCAGCAGGUUCGUCAUGAUGUGGGAUUUAAUGUUAGCUAGGUUUGGGGUAAAAUUAACAGUAUUGGAAACUGUUGAAUAAUGUCAUUUAAAUUUAGGUCUCUUUGUACCUUGUAGGUUUGUGUGAACUACAGCCAAUUUUGUAAACAAACAAAAAAACAACCUAUGUUGUCCUUCUUCUUAGAGGCACCAUGGAUACAGCUAGCCAUAGCCUUGUCCUUCUGCAGCAGCUGAACAUGCAACGAGAAUUUGGUUUUCUGUGUGAUUGCACAGUUGCUAUUGGAGAUGUUUACUUCAAAGCUCACAGAGCAGUGCUUGCUGCUUUUUCUAACUAUUUCAAGAUGAUAUUUAUUCACCAAACAAGUGAAUGCAUAAAAAUACAACCAACUGACAUCCAACCUGACAUAUUCAGCUAUUUGUUGCACAUUAUGUACACGGGGAAAGGGCCAAAACAGAUUGUGGAUCAUAGUCGUUUGGAGGAAGGGAUUCGAUUUCUUCACGCUGACUACCUUUCUCACAUUGCAACUGAAAUGAAUCAAGUGUUCUCACCAGAGACUGUGCAGUCCUCAAAUUUAUAUGGCAUUCAGAUCUCAACGACCCAGAAAACAGCUGUCAAACAAGGGCUGGAGGUCAAAGAAGCUCCUUCCACUAACAAUGGAAACAGAGCUGCUGUCCAGGGUGACCACCCCCAGUUGCAGCUUUCUCUCGCUAUUGGGCUGGAUGAUGGCACUGCAGACCAGCAGAGGGCCCGUCCUGCUGCCCAGGCCCUGGAGGAGCACCAGAAGCCCCCAGUGUCCAUCAAGCAGGAGAGAUGUGACCCAGAAUCUGUGACCUCCCAGAGCCAUCCCUCACCUUCAUCAGAGGUGACAGUCCCCACAUUCACUGAAAGCGGUAUCAAAAUACACUUAUGCCAUUACUGUGGGGAACGUUUUGAUUCCCGAAGUAAUCUAAGACAACAUCUCCAUACCCACGUGUCUGGAUCUCUCCCUUUUGGUGUCCCUGCUUCCAUUCUGGAAAGUAAUGACCUUGGCGAAGUGCAUCCACUUAAUGAAAAUGGCGAGUCUCUUGAAAGCUGCAGGCUCAGCCCCUUCACUGUCAAGGAGAAUGAACAGCAGCCUGACCACACCAACCAGGGCACCACUGAGCCUUUGCAGAUCAGCCAAGUGUCUCUGAUCUCCAAAGACACAGAGCCAGUGGAAUUAAACUGUAAUUUUUCUUUUUCAAGGAAAAGAAAAAUCAGCUGUACCAUCUGUGGUCAUAAAUUUCUCCGAAAGAGCCAAUUGCUGGAACACAUGCAUACACACAAAGGUAAAUCUUACAGAUAUAACCGAUGCCAAAGGUUUGGUAAUGUAUUAGCCCAGAGAUUUCAGCCGUAUUGUGACAGCUGGUCUGAUAUCCCGCUGAAAGGGUCUCGCUUGUCGCAAGAACAGUUAGACUCAUCUUGUGCCUUAGAGUCAGAACUCACACAAGAAAACGUGGACACUAUCCUAGUUGAGUAGCAGUUUCUUCUUCAGGAUUUUUUAUACCAAUUCUGAAAAAGAAAAUUUACAUGCAUUUUUUAAUUCAUAAAUUAUUUUCCUCCUCAAGUUCUAUUGGCAUUUUCUUUGCCAUUUAUCCUUGGUUUUAAGGUUGUAUAUACUGGCUCUUAUUGUAAGAUAUAUUGAUGCAUAACUACUAAAAUUUAACCUUCAUUUAGGGCUGUGAACUUUUCAUAAAUUAAAUCACAAUUUAGACAUCAGAAAUCAGUAUGGAAAUAUGGAACUUCAGAUUCAAUAGUUACUUACAGAAUUUCUAAGUUUUUCCAGGCUAUAGGAUCUGUAAAAUCAAAUUGAAUAUGAAAUAAAUGAAACCUAUUUUAAAAAAUAUUCUAUACUCUCACUUUUGGCUAAUGUUCCACAUGAAUUAAGUUCUAGUGUGGAUUAUUUUAAAAUGUUUUCUGCUAUAUAAGAAAUUAAUAGUUAUUUUAAUGCAUAACUAUAUGUUGUAAUGUAUAAAAAGUUUGUUUUAAGGCAUAGCUAUACCAAAUCAUGAGUAGUUUUAAAUUACUUGUUACUUACUAGCUCUGCAGCAUCUUACAUGGCUUUAUUUAUUUUUUCACACUGAGCAUACCUCAUUUUCAAUAAAAGUAUUUUAUUUGAAAGAAGAGUUAGUCACACACAAAAAAAUCUUAAAGAAAAAAAACAGUAAGAUACACAUGUGUACAUAGAUAAGCAGAGAAGCCCGCAAUGUCAGAGACAGCUUCAGAUAGGUCUGUGGUGACUAACACCCCAGUGUUAACCUUAAUCUAGAGUGUUUUCUUAAAAACCUUAAGAGCAACUUGAGCUUUUUAUGACCAGAGGUUUAUAUGAGCUUAUGUAAUGAUAAAGAAAAUGAUAAAAUACAAAUUAUCUUUUACCCUCAGUGUCAGAAGGUUUUCUAGGCUGCCUGAGUUGACAUUAAUUUUCUAACAGUCACUUGAAAAAGUAAUUUUUCAGUGACACAACUGUCACUUUUUUCUGUUCCAUAAAACCAGCAUAGUAGAUACAGUCAGUGUCCUAAAACUAUGUUUAAAAUCCAUGAUAGCCUUCCCUCCGUGAAUCAACUUAACUCUCUUUUAUAAAGAUGAAACGUACAAAGCUAAAACUGCAGAAAAAUUAAAAUUGAUGGACUGAAUGGUAGAGUGUCCUGCUCUAUGUAGCUGGGAAAUAGCUGGUCAAACUUCACCACGGAGGGUAGCUCUAAAUGGUUUCCAAGAUGUUUAGUUUCAGAUACUAGAUAGUCAAGAGUAAUGAAAGAGAGAGGCUUCAAAAUAGCCUCAUCUUUUUCAUAUGGUACCUGUUAAAUUCUAAGCCUCACAGAUAUAUUAGUAAAUUUGAUAAAUUUGGUUUAUUUAGCUUAGAAUUUAAUUGCAUACAAAACCUCUUUGAUCUCCUUCCUGACUGUAUGUUUCUGAGAUUUCCUGAUAAUAUCAGAGUUCUUCAAGUAUCAGAGUUUAGUCAGGAGGGAGCUCAAAGAGUAAUCUAGCUUAUUCUAAGGGCACAAAGGUUUUCUCUGGGUUAGCAGUGAGUUUAGGGGAAUUAUAAAGUGAUAACUUUUUUUUAAGGACCGAACGAAGAAAACCAAUGGGCUUUGUCUAAGCUGGUUGAGUUUCUGCCCUAGACAAGGGAGGGAAGCCUCCUGGGGUCAGGAUCAACAUGUUGAGAAUGAAAUCUAAGUAGCUAUUGAUACAGGGUCAGUUAUGUUGGGAGUAAUUAAGACAAAUGUACUGCUCUUUGGGAUCAGAACUUCAUCUGACCUUAAUCUUAAAUCAUUUAAGGAAUUAUUCAAAUUCAUACUACCCUCAAAGAUUUCAUCUCAUAGGAUAAACACAAAAUAGAUUUCAUGUAUUUUAGACUAUUCUGGAUAUAUUCCCUAACCUCCUUCACAUAAAAUUUUAUUUUCCUCAUUUAGAUAACAAUUUUUUUCUGAUUUUUUUUCUUCUAUGUUCUUUCCUACUUGCUCAGUCAUUAGUCUUUGACACAAGAAACGUGUACAGCUAAAGGGUAGGACUCAGUGUGCAUAUGAGUUGUGGGCAGGGUUGCAAGCUGUGCAGGGCAGAAUCUGGAGAAAUGGCAAGUUUGCUUGUGGCUGAUUGGCCAUGAUGGACAUUAAUUUAAAGAAGAAAUAUAUCUACUUUUGAUGGGUAUUAAAAAAGAGGAUGAACAGUAUUUUUAUUCUUAUUCAUAAAGUUACUUUUAAUAUUAGGAAUUCUGGGGGGAGAGUAUAGCUCAGUGGUAGAGUACCCGCGUAGCCUGCACAAAGUCCUGGGUUCAGUCCCCAGUACUUCCAUUAAAGUAAAGAAAUUUAAUUACCUCCUCCCAAAAUAAAUAAAUAAAUAAAAAUAAUUUAACAAAAAAUAUAUUAGGAAUUCAAAGUAAAUGUUCUUUCCUUCAUCUUCAUAAUAUUCUUUCUGUUUUAGAAAGUAGAAAAAUGUUUACUUCAUUUUAUAGAAAAAAUUUCCAAAAGCUGGAUUCCUGAGAGUCAGUGAGUAGUGGUGUGAGGAAUGACCAGGUUUUUUUUUUUU